AACCCGAUCCGAAAUAACCGAAUCCGAAUUAAAAAUAUCCGAACCCGACCCAAAGAAUAGAAAUACCCGAACGGGUUCUACACCUCUAUACCAAAAUACCUAAAAAUCCGAAAUAUCCGAUCCGAACCCGAACGGGUACCCGAACGCCCACCCCUAAGUGUGUUCAUAAGUCAAACGAAGAUUGACACUUGAAGAACUUUUUGUUUUUGUCAAAAGAGUGGUUAGAAUCUCUUCCUGCUCUCUUUUCUUUCUCACUACGCAAAAGUCUUUGGGCUUGCUCUUAACAUAUCCUAGUGUAUAGUAUCAACCAAGUCAUUUGCAAAAGUAAAUAUUUUUAAUUUCCAGUUCUUCUUUUAGAUUUAGUUAAAUCUAGGCACUAUAUUGCUGUUUUUCUUUCUUUCCUUUUAAGAUGAAGUUAUUCUGUUCAUACUUGGUCUUUUUCUUCGCUUUUAAUUUUACUUAUACAAGAGAUAAAGAAAUAAAGAAAUAGUUAUUAACACUCUUCAAAUCAUUGUUAUGAGUCGUUAACACAUGGAUAAAGAUCAACUUUCAUAUAUUAAAACUUCAAAGCUUUGCUUUGCUUUUCUCCUUCCAACUAAGUCAAAUCAAUUGUAUAUAUAACUAAACCAAAAAAAAGAGAGGCUAAUUAGUCAAACUAAGCAUGUAAUGUUGGGUACCAAACCUUAACUUUUGUCUCUUUUAAUCUUCUUGUAAAUCUUGAGAUUUAGCUAAUAACAACUCCACUUCUUACUUCUUCUUCAAAGCCUUUUACUAUAAAUACCUCAUUCAUCUCCCCUUGCUUCAUCACAAACUCUUCUCCUUUCUUCAUCUUCUUGUUAUAAAAGUAAUGGCAAGACUCACUAGCUUUCUCCUUGUUAUUUCUCUUCUUUGCUUUCUCCCUCUUUGUCUCUGUCACAAGAGCUACGGAGGCAAACUCUCCCCAGGCUUUUAUGCACAUUCAUGCCCACAAGCUGGGGAGAUAGUGAGAUCAGUUGUAGCUAAAGCUGUUGCUAGAGAGACUCGUAUGGCUGCUUCCUUGAUCAGACUUCAUUUCCACGACUGUUUUGUUCAGGGUUGUGAUGGCUCUUUGCUUCUAGACAGCAGUGGGAGGAUAACGAGUGAGAAAAACUCAAACCCUAACCGAAAAUCUGCUCGUGGAUUUGAUGUAGUCGACCAGAUCAAAGCUCAACUUGAGAAAGAAUGUCCUGGAACUGUCUCUUGCGCUGAUGCUCUCACCCUAGCCGCUAGAGACUCCUCUGUUCUUACUGGUGGACCAAGCUGGAUGGUUCCAUUGGGAAGAAGAGAUUCAAGAAGUGCAAGCUUGAGUGGUUCCAACAACAACAUCCCUGCACCAAACAAUACUUUCCAGACAAUUCUCACAAAGUUCAAACGUCAAGGACUUGAUGUCACUGACCUUGUUGCUCUCUCCGGGAGUCACACCAUUGGAUUCUCGAGAUGCACGAGUUUCAGACAGAGGCUAUACAACCAGUCUGGAAACGGUCGUCCAGACAUGACACUGGAACAAUCUUUCGCUGCUAACUUGCGCCAAAAGUGUCCAAGAUCCGGAGGAGACCAGAUUCUCUCGGUGCUGGACAAGGUCAGCCCGGCGAAGUUCGACAACAGCUACUUCAAGAACUUGGUGGAGAACAUGGGGUUGUUGAACUCGGACCAGGUUCUGUUCAGCAGCAACGAUAAAUCUAGAGAGCUUGUAAAGAAGUACGCAGAGGAUCAAGGAGAGUUUUUCGAGCAGUUUGCGGAGUCCAUGAUCAAGAUGGGAAACAUCUCUCCCUUGACGGGUUCGAGUGGAGAAAUCAGGAAGAACUGCAGGAAGAUAAACUCUUGAAUGCUUGAUAUGAGGAAAUUAAAAUAAAUAAAUAAACAUUUUGUGGGGGAAAGAAAUGUAUGAAUGACAUUUUGCUUUAAUUUGUUUGUGAUAUGUUGUAUUUUUAAUAUUUUAUUCUAUUUGCAAUUUGAAGUUUUAUGUUGUGUUAUCUCUGCUUUGUGUUAAAAUAAGAAUGAAAUGUAUUAUUUGAACAUUGA